AUGCCAUCAAACCGCAAAAGACGGACCAACGCAUCCGAGACCGAGUCGACCCCAAGCGCGCGUCGGCGCAGAAGACAAAGCGAAGAACCUGAUUCACCCGCAACAGAUAGUGAAGAUGACGGACCAAGCGCACCGACCAGCACCGAUGCAAUGGUCAAGAAAAUGGUGCGGCUCGCCAUAGCAAGCGAGUACUCGCGGCUUCCGAUCCGGCGCAACGACAUUAGCGCCAAGGUGCUGGGCGAGCAGGGUUCACGGCAGUUCAAGUCAGUUUUCGAGCAGGCGCAGGGGAUACUGAAGCAGCGCUUUGGUAUGGAAAUGACCGAGUUACCGGCGCGAGAGAAAGUCACUAUUAGCCAACGACGAGCCGCGCAGAAAACAGAAAAACCCUCCUCGGCUAAUAAGUCCUGGAUCGUUACUAGCACCUUGCCGCUCGCAUACCGUUCCCCCGAUAUCCUCAUUCCGACUAAGGCGCCCUCCCUCUACACCGAAAGCACAUACACGGGCCUAUACAGCUUUAUUAUAGCGUUGAUUGUGCUGAAUGGCGGUACGCUGGCUGAGCAGAAACUUGACCGGUACCUAGCGCGCACAAAUGCCGAGGUUGCUACACCGAUCGACCGCACGGAUAAACUGCUGCAGCGGCUAUGCAAGGAGGGGUACAUUAUCAAGACGCGGGAGAUGGAUGGCGGCGAGGAGGUCAUCGAGUAUGUUCUUGGACCGCGGGGUAAAAUCGAGGUUGGGACCGGUGGUGUGGCCGGUCUUGUGCGAACUGUUUAUGGGAAGAAUCAAGGUGAUCAUGAGAACUUGACUCAACUCCAGAGGGAAGACCUCGAGGAUUUUGAAGCGAAGCUUGGAAGGAGUCUUGGGAUUGAGCCGGCCACAGUACGAGCUAGUGGGGUGGAUGGUGCUAGCGAUGUGGAUGGGGAUGUCCAGGUUAAUGGAAACGGGGAGGGGCGUGAGGCAUCGCGGAGCUCGGGGCCUAGACGGUCUUCGAGGCGUGAUCCUAAUCAGGAAGAGGAGGAAGAGUCUGGCUCUGAGGAGUAUGAGGAAGAAUGA